AGUCGACCUCCGCCUCCUUGCCUGCUCGCUCGUGCGCGAGCGUUGUGAUUGUGUCCGCGCGUGCUCGUGCGUGCGUGCGCGUGCCGUGUGAUAUGACAGUCCGUGCGCGCCGCGUCCCGGAGGUGCUCGAGCGCGAGGUAGGCGUGCACAGUCCCCGCGGAGUGCAGCGCGUGCGCGCCCACGUUGUGCUGCGGGACUGUCCAAGUGCUUGAGCUACAGCGGGAUCGAGCUGGUGCCGCGGGCUUGUCCCAAGUGCUUGAGCGGGACCGAACCACUGCUGCGGAACUGUCUAAGCGCUUGAGGAGCUGUGCUGUGAAAUAAUCCCAGCUUUGGGUUGAGCCGCGGCUCGACUCGGCAGAGAAAUAAUGGCUUCCGCGAUGCGUUUGAAGCACUCGGUCGGUCCUCUGACCGCAGUGGAGUCUAGACUCAACUACUGCAACAGCUCGAACCUCCAGGACAGUAACAGCAACGAGGCGAACUUCAACGACAGCGCAAUAUGGGACACAAUCCGUCCAGUCUCGAUUCUCGAGGAAAGCGUCGCGAAAUGUCGGCCGUGCCCGUACGGCUCGCAGGCGGGCCGUCUGGACAACCGCAGGAGCGGCGCCGCGCGCACGGCCCCGCGCAACAUCAGUCCGGGCGGCAACCGUAACGAGCCUCGGGACUCGAAUCUCGCCGAGGACAACUGCUACCUUACCCGGGACUACGCUUCCCGGCCGACGGACAACCACAGACCGCCAGCGUCCACAUCCUCCUCGACGUCCUCGUGCUACUCCUCGGCCAGCAGCAGCUGUUCGGCGUCACCGCUUGGCUCGCCGGCAUCGCCCAUCGAGGGCGGCAUCGUCAAUCCGAACUACCCAGGGUUCGAGCACCUCGCCGCCAAGUUGCUGAGACUGGCGGCUGGGUCGGACUACGAGGACCAGGACGAGGACGACGAGGACAACAACAACAACAUCAUCAACGAGAACGUCAACGGCAAGCAGCUGCAGUACCAGGAUGAUGGCAAGAGGAUCGACCCGAUAAACCACGACCACGCCGACGGCAACAAGGCCUUGCUCUACGCCAAGCCCAAGCUGGCCGCCGCCAUGGCGGACGCCUUCUUGUCUUCCGCGAAGGAGGAUCUGGCUGUGAGCAGGGACUUCCAGAAGCAGGCCAAGCUGCACAAGAUGUCGGUGCACGGGCCGCCCAUCGGCGCGCUCGGCGCCCUGGCCGCGCGCCACUACAAGAAGGACUCGAACCGCGCGCUCGAGGAGCGAGAGGAGGAGGAGGAGAAGUACAACAGGGAGGCGACGGAGAAGGAGCUCCAGCAGGACAUCGUCGUGCCCCGCAAGAAGGAGAAGAUGGCCAUGAACCAGCAGGUGCGCAAGGCGCGCGCCGGCCCCCCGGCCAUGGGCUUCGACCGCGCCGAGCGGACAGAGCGCGCCGAGAAGCGCUUCUCCUCGCACGUGCACGCGCACGCACACGCGCACGGCCAGGCCGCCUCGCGCCGCGAGAAGCGCUCCUCCCUGGAGCUCCUGGGUGGAUUCGAUGUCUACAACAUCGAGACCGCCAUGCCCAGGAUCGACCUGGACCUCAUCGAGUCGCACCUCCGGGCCGCCAAGGAGGAGGAGAGGCGGAGGCGCAAUGAUAGAGAAGAAAUUCGCCGUCGCUUGGCUAUGGGAUCUGAGGAUGCAGAUUAUUACAGCAAUGACCAAAGGCCUGGGAAGAAACCAAGUCUACAAGCACGACUUCAAAGUGGGAUGAAUCUUCAAAUCUGUUUUAUGAAUGAGACCCUGUCUGAUACGGAGUCUCCAGGCUCAGAGAGUGAAAAUCCAUCAUCAGGUCCCUCAGGGCUUGCAGUAGCUGCAAAAGCUUCAUCACCUAAAACUGAGUCUGCCUCUGAGAGGUUACCUGGGGGAAGUCUAUCGUCAAAGCCUGCAAGACCUCUUUCAUUGCCUCUUCGGCUUGAUGCCAAUCAUGAGUGGAGAGAGCAUUCAUCAUUGAUGACAGAAGCAGACUUUUUGGCUCGACAAGCUCAGCUCCAAACAGAGGCUCGAAUGGCCUUGGCUCAAGCCAAAGAUAUGGCACACAUGCAAAUGGAGAUAGAACGACAGCGUCAAAAUGCUUCUCCAAUUACAGAGAUGGUACGCCACACUCUGCAAAAGGUUGGUGUUUCAUUUCCUGAAGACAGGCGGAGACUGAGCCGUCAAAUUCUGACAGAAAUGAACGUUGCCCAGCUUCAAGUUAUUGUUAAUGAUCUCCACACACAAAUUGAAUAUUUGAAUGAGAGUUUAGUUCGGUUUCUUAUGGAACGAGAUGAUCUUCACAUGGAGCAAGAUUCAAUGCUGGUUGACAUUGAAGACCUAACCAGAUAUCUUGGUGCUAAGGAACAGUCCAGCAAAGCAGGGCCAAAUCUUAACAACAAUCUCAUUAAAUCCAAUGGGACAAGUGGAGGGGGAAGAAUGAACAGUAAAAAGUGAUUCCUUUCAACAAAUAUGUGUGCCAUGACGUGUUGAUGCAGAAGAGCUCAUUCUCAGUUCAGUCAUCUAUCAAAUGUUGUAUGGUGCUUGUGAUAUUUACACCUGCACCAGUGAUCCAAGACAAACUAUUCAAUAAUGAUAAUAUAUUAGGUGUACUUAUGCUUAGGUCAAGCACAUCAGCAGAUAAAAUAAAAAUGUAUGUGUAGAUUUUUUUGACGAUACGACAGCUUUGGUUCAUCAUGCUAAACCAUCAUUUCAAUUGGAUGAAUCCAACUUGUUGAAGUUCUCCCGAUAUGUUUAUGAUUCCUGCCAUGUGUUUGUUGCAAAGGUUUAUGUAUAUCUUGUGGCUUUUGUACUGAGAUGCGCUUUUGCAAAUUCUUUAUUUAGGGCAAUGAAGAAGCAUAUUAAUUAAUCUAUGACACUGUUUAUCAUGAAGUUCCACUUUUAUGAAAUGAUUAAUAUUUUAUUUGUUAAAUGUUACAUUAAUUAGAAUAGUGAAUCAUGUUGAGAAAAUGCCCUUGGCUAUGUAUGCAUAUUCUCAACAAUACUUUUUGGAAAAUAGUUUUUAAAAAAUGCUAAGGGAAGAUGUUUUGACCAACUAAAGACUUUUCAUGGCGAGUGGUAUAUGAACUUUUGAACUGAAAAUUUGUUAUUUGCUGAGUAUAGGCCAAUGAGCUUCAGUUUCUUUUUUCUCAAAAUUUUAAUCCUCGACAUCUGUCACUGUUUGAAAGGAUAUUGGUGCUGUUUUUCUCUAAAAUAUGACAAUACAGUACUAGUAUCUCUGAUGAUCAGAAAUACACUGUUCUCUUUGUGGCUUCUUUAUACAUUUGCCAACCACCCUUCUGAUCAUUUAAAGGUUUAGGUCUGCAGCUAGGAAUUGAAUGUAAUAAUGUAGAUAUUUGAGUUAUGCUGUCACAAACUUGUCAGAAAAAGGCUUAGCCUACAAUUCCUUUAUUCAUUUAUCAACAUGUAUGCUAAUAUUUUCUUAACAAAACUCCUUGCAAUUUUGUGCAGCUUAAUGUGAUCUACCUUAAUGUUUAAAAACAAUUAUUGUAGAUGCCAAAAGAAAUUUUCUUAGUCCAGUAUUACAGUAUUGUAAUUUCUGUUUUUUUUUCUACUUUGCAAGCCUUGUCGGCGAAAUUCCCAGUUUUUUCUCUGUCAGCAUGGCAACUCAUUGUUUAUUUAUUACCAUUUGUGAUAUUUUCUUUUAAAGUCCUUUUGCAUUUCUGUUUAUUCUUGUGAAGUAGAGGAUUAGUUGAUUGAAUGAACUUGAACAUACAUACUAUGUGAUCAACUUCAAGUAUACAGGAUUUUAAUUUUGACUUUUCAGUUCCUAAAAAUAAUAGCUUUUUCAUCACCACUCUGCAAUAUUCAUAUUUUACCAUGAGUGUUGUUAAACAUCCUAAGCUGUAAGUGUUUUAAGUGUUUCACUAUGUUUCAAAUGGAGAAAAACAUGAAUUUGAAGGGUUUUUAAGAUUGCUAAACUGACUAUGUGUUGAGGACUGAUUUUGUUGGCAUAUAUUAUCAGAUGUUUUAAAUUAUUACUAAUCCUGCACUCAUGUGCCCCCAUGACAAAUGGAAACUGUUUUAAAGCAAUGAAUAAUUCCUAGUAGUCACCAUGCUCCUUGCUAUGCAUGUGUUUUCCUAAUAAUGCCUGACAAUCAUGGGUGAAAACUAUGUGAAUGUGAAUUAACUGCUCAUUUUUCAUUUUGUUUGGAUGUAAUGAAAGUGUAGGUUCUUCUCUCUGGUCAAAAUUCUUGUUUCUGAUUAAGUUGUUUAUCCCCCUUUUUGGUGGAUUACACUUUGUUGACUACUUGCAGUUAAGAUCACAUUCCUUUUAAAAAGAAAUAUAACUAUGAAUGUUAUCCAAUUACUUGUACCUUUUUGUACAAAGUGUAAAUACAUUUUUACACUUUGAAGCAUUCCUGGUGUUUUCCUGUGAGAAGCAAGUUGCAGUAUUCUGCUGUUCCGUUUCUUUUAUUUGCGUUUCUGUCUUGGUUUCAUGCAAUUUUCCUAAAUAAAGAGAGGCACAGCUUGAACUGAAAAUUA